CUUUGGGCUUGGAGGAGCAGAUGUCAGUCUGCGAGUGAAGCGGGAAUAAGGCAGAGCUCUUUGCGACAAGCACGAGGAAGCUGCUGCUGGCUGCUCUGGGCUCUGGGGAGGGUGCGAUUCCCAGAGGAGGGCCCGGCUUGCAGAAGUCUGCCUUAUUUCCUUUGUGUUGCGCAGCUGUGGGAGUUCUGGUGGCUGUUAAAUCCCCCAUAGCAACACGAGGAUGUUGGUGUUGCAGUGGAGUAGGUGUGAGGCGUGCCCAAUUAGGUGUGGGAUUACUGAUUGCUUUAAAUUGCCCAAGCUUGGUGAUGUGGUGUUAGCCACGUGUAGACACUGCUCUUCCAACACGGCGAGGAUGGACUUUGAGUAAAUGCCACGGUGAUGGCUUUAUUGGAGACUUUAGUUAGUAAGGGCAAACCCAGAGACAGUGCAUCAUUCGGCAGUGAGGGGGCUGGUGUGGGUGGACUCGAGUGCUUUUCAGCUGAUGAGCUCUCGGCAUUUAAUUGCAUCACCUAACGACAACAACUGGGGCGGCGUCACUCAGCUUGUAGAUGUUGGCAGCCUUGAUGCAGUUCAGAUGGGCGCACAGUGUAGCUGUGUCAGGGUCAGCUGGUGAGCAUCCUCCCAGGUAAAACAGACCCCUGCCUGUGGGAGAGAUGAGCCUGCCAGGGCUGCUGUUGCACUUAGGCUGAUGGAAAAUUGUGCACAUGUUCCUGCUCUGAUAUCUGCAACAUGUUUGGAAAAGCGCCUGGGGAAACCGAAAGCUGCCUUGAGGGUAGGGGAAGAGAUGAGUGAGACUUGCAGAGGCCAAGAAAUUAAUUUAAAGACAGAAGAAUGAGCCAAACAUGUUUAAUUGCACACAAAAGUGUAUGUAUUGUAACAGAGUGCCCUGGAGCAGUGUGCUUAGUUGUUAUACAAACAUGUUUGAUCUGAUAGAAAACCAAAACACAACCCAAGUAUUAUCUGUGGAUGCAAACCUUGUGAUGUUUGCUUUUUGUAUUUCAUUCCUUUUCUCCCCAUUGAUUUACAAGCAAAUGGGAUUUGGGUUACUACAGCAAAUAUAUGAGACGUUAAUGCAAUUUAGAUGCAUACUCCUCAGUAACAUAUUCCUCUGGUACAGAAUGCCGACUGCUCAUUUGUCCGUCUUGCACAACUUCUCACUCCCGCUUAAAUGCAAUUAAUGCACUGCUUGGGGAAUGCUGUCACUUAAAGCUGCUUGAAGUGGCUUCUGCCUUUUAAUCCCCACCUGUAAGUGGAAGUUUAUGAGCUCAUUUACCACCCCGGCGAUCCCAGGCUGGCAGUGCUCUGGGAACUCCAAAUGGGACACUGAGCAGCAUAAGUUUUGAUGUGUCCGUGUCUGGUAGUUUUGCUGAUUUAAUCUUUUCCAACUUGUAUUGUUGCACCCAUGUAAUUUUUCUUAGUGCAUGCGAUAUACUAUGUGGCUGAUAGAGGGGACACACCAGGGUUUUAUGGACCGCUGCAGGCCUUCCGAUAGUUGAAUUGCCUUGACAUCAUGAGCAGAAUCAGCAUUCAGAUCAGAUUGUUGUGAGCACCUGCCCUUCAAUUUGGCUGUCUGGGAUGAGCUGGCUUCAUUGAACGUCUGGGACAAGUGACUUGUGUAGAAGAACCAGUUUGUCCUAAGCUCCUCAUUGACUUCAGAGGAGCAGAUUUUGAUCUGUUACAUUGUAACAAAGACUAUAAUUAGGCUGUGAGCAGUGACCAAAAUGGAAGUAAAAACAAGUUUGGAAACUUGUAGGCAGCUUCCAUGUUAUUUGACCAAGAGUGAGAACUGCCGCUGCUCUUUAAGACCACUGGCAUGCUAAGGUGAUUGGGCUGGCUCCAGGCUUGUCAUUUUGUUUGUAUGGAAAAGCAAGGAGAAAACAAGAUUUAUUUUUGUUUCUUCUUUGAGCCUGGAGUGGCUCUUGAUGUGGGGAAAAUGGCCUUCAGAAAGCUCAGCUGAGCCUGAGUUUGGAUUUCUUCUUCUGGAAGAAAAAGAUGAUGAUAUUUAGAGAUGUUCCUCACAUGCUGAACACCAAUCCUAUUUCUUCUCUCUUGCAGCUGUCAGCUUGGAGCAAGGGAAUAAGAAUCGCUAGCAAACUGAAAAGCACAAAGCUGCAAGAUGUCAGGCCGCAGUGGGAAGAAGAAAAUGUCCAAGCUGUCACGCUCCAGCAGGGCAGGUGUUAUUUUCCCCGUGGGGAGGAUGAUGCGCUACUUAAAGAAAGGAACGUACAAGUACCGGAUAGGUGUUGGAGCACCAGUUUACAUGGCAGCUGUCAUAGAGUAUCUAGCAGCUGAAAUUCUAGAACUGGCAGGAAAUGCAGCGAGAGACAACAAGAAAGGAAGAAUUGCCCCCAGACACAUCCUCCUGGCUGUAGCAAAUGAUGAAGAGCUGAAUCAGUUACUAAAAGGUGUGACUAUAGCAAGUGGAGGGGUCCUGCCCAGAAUUCAGCCAGAGCUUCUAGCCAAGAAACGGGGUGCCAAAGGUAAAUCUGAGACAAUCCUUUCCCCUGCUCCUGAGAAGAAGGGAAGGAAAUCCAUGGUGAGCAAAAAGAGUGGGAAGAAGGCAAAGUCUAACAAGGCCCGGACACCUAAAAAGAAUAAACAGAAGGACAGUGAAAAGGAAGGAGCUUCAAAUUCAACAUCUGAAGAUGGACCUGGGGAUGGUUUCACCAUCUUGUCCUCCAAGAGCCUCGUGCCAGGACAAAAGCUUUCUCUGACACAGAGUGACAUCAGCCAUAUUGGCUCCAUGAAAGUAGAAGGCAUUGUUCACCCCACGACUGCCGAAAUAGACCUCAAGGAGGAAAUAGGCAAGGCUUUGGAAAAGGCAGGAGGGAAAGAGUUUUUAGAAACAGUGAAGGAGCUUCGCAAAUCUCAAGGGCCUUUGGAAGUUGCUGAAGCUGCACUUACUCAGUCCAGCGGGCUAGCAGCAAAGUUUGUCAUCCACUGUCACAUCCCGCAGUGGGGGUCGGACAAGUGUGAAGAGCAGCUUGAGGAGACCAUCAAGAACUGCUUAACAGCUGCAGAAGACAAGAAGUUGAAGUCUGUGGCUUUCCCCCCUUUUCCCAGUGGCAGAAACUGCUUCCCAAAACAGACAGUGGCCCAGGUGACUCUCAGAGCUAUUUCCACCCAUUUUGAUGGCACCAGCUCUUCCUCCCUGAAGAACAUUUACUUUCUGCUGUUUGACAGUGAAAGUAUUGGCAUCUACGUGCAAGAAAUGGCCAAGCUAGACACUAAGUAGCAACAGCAGCCAAAUGAAACUUUAUUUUUCAACAAACUUGAGUAGCAUUAAAAGCAUUAGAGGUGGGUUUUAUUUUUUCAAUGUGGUGAGGAGGGGGAGUGGUAGUAGUGUGAUGUGUUGUGACUUGAUGAAGAGCUGUGACUAGAGAUGAGAGGGGUUUAGUCUGAUUUCUUUGCGCUGUCAGCAUCUUCUAGCCCUUUGUGCCACCUUCAGCAAUUGAGUUACCAUCUCUUUUCAGGAGUUUUAGUGUCCCUUGUUACUUUAGUUUAGAAGUUUAUAAAGAGUAACUUCAUUUUAGAUUUGUAGUGAUGAAGUUUUCAUGCACACACUUUAGAGAAAGCUCUUAAAAAUAUUCUGCUCCCUUUUCUCCUCCCUUGAGGGUGGAUGUUAAACUUUUCCUCCAGCCCACAGUGGAGGGGAAAGAGAUAUUAGAAGUGAUGCAUGAGGAGCUUCUGUUUUGCUUUUUACUCACAAUAAUCUCUGUAAUUACUGAGAAUAUUUCAUGGUGAUUUUUUUUUUUUGUUCGUUUUAUAAGAAAAAAAGAAA